AUGUCUAAACCAAAGAUAUGUACAAAGUGUCAAGGUACACAGUUUGAUACCUCCAACGAUGGAAGUACAGUCUGUAUUCAAUGUGGUUUCGUUGUCGACUCAACCAAUAUAGUGACAGAGAUACAGUUCAGUGAGACAUCUGGUGUGAUGGGUACCUAUGUGAGCAAGUCUAGUAAGAAGUAUCAUAGUCUUGGAAGUGACUCGAGAGAGUUGACAUUGGAGAAUGCACGUCGUCGUUUGUUUCAGGUGGCUGGACAGGUCAAUCUGAAGCCUCAUCACGUCGACAUGGGUCUGAGAAUGUAUCAAAUGGCAAUCGAACACAACUUCACAAGAGGUCGACGAUCACUACAAGUCGCUGCAACCGUACUCUAUGUUGUGUGUCGAAGAGAACAGACACCUCACCUUUUGAUCGACUUCUCUGAGGCAAUCCAGAUCAAUGUAUUCACACUGGCAUCAACAUUCAUUGCCUUUGCCAAAUUGUUCAAUAUACAACUUCCCAUUGUGGACCCAUCAUUGUUCAUUCAUAGAUUUGCAACAAGUCUGGAAUUUGGAGAUAAGACACAGGAUGUUGCUAAUACUGCAUUGAAGUUUGUGGCAAGGAUGAAGAGAGAUUGGAUGGCAACAGGUAGAAGACCAUCUGGAAUAUGUGGUGCAAGUCUAUUCUUGGCAUCAAAGGUACAUGGAUUCGUCAGGACGAUUGAGGAGAUUAUAAAGGUGGUCAAGAUUGGAGAGAGUACUCUGACAAAGAGAUUGGAUGAGUUCAUUAGGACUCCUGCGUCAGACAUGAAGAUUGCAGAGUUUGACUCGAUCGAGAUGGAUACAGAGUGUGAUCCACCAGCAUUCACAAGGAACAGACAGUUGGAGAUGGAGAAAGAGCGUGAGAAGAGGAAAAAGGAGAAGAUAGCCAAGCAAAAGAGGAGAGAGAAUGGUGAAGAUGUCUCUGAUGAUGAUGAUGAUGAUGAUGAUGAUGACAUUGAUGAUGGUGCAAAAGAAAAGAUCAAAAAGACAAAGGAUAAUGAAGAUAAAGGCGAGGAUGACGAUGGAUUGGAGGACUCACAGACAGGUGGAUCAAAGAAGAGGAAGGCAAAGCCAGAUGACCAAGAAGGUGAUGCUGAUGAUGAGCAGGCAUUGAAGAAACCCAAGACAGAUACACAGACAGAGAUAGAGACUAGUGAAAAUAUAGCCGAAGAGAUAGAGUCUAUACUCAAGAAUGAGUCAAACAUGUUGGACAAUGGAACACAAUCAAACUUAGACUCUUUUCCUUCAACAUUGUCCAGUACAUCAACAGUAUUUGGUAGCAGCAGUAGUGGACGUAGAAAGACAUUUGAGGACUUUGAUGCACCUCUACUACCAUUAGACACUCAAAUAGAUGAAUAUCCUUACAUUGAACCAGAGGUUGAUCCAGAGGUGUUUGCACCAACCGCCACCCUGUCUGAUCUAUCCGACGAUGAUAUCGAAUCAUACAUUGAACAUGACCAAGACGCUAGAAAUGUAAAGGAAACCAUUUGGACAGAGUUGAACAUUGACUGGAUCAGGAAGCAAGAGGAAAGGAGUAAGGAGAUUGCUGAUGCACAGGCUGCUGGUGUACCUUUGAGAAGAAAGCGUGCAAAGAAGGCGGUGCAUCUGACGCCAGAAGAGGCAGUGGCAUCAAUAGCCGCCGAACAAAAGAGGAAGGAUCGUAUCAGGAACCUCGUCAAGAACUUGUUGAAUGCUGGUGACGAUGUCAAGGAGGAGCCAAGUGGCUCACCUACGCGUCCCUCAAUGGCACCACCAAUGCAAAGACAAUCGACUACAACUCAAUCUGCUGCGGCUGGAGCCCAGCAUCGACAUCCAUACACAGAGCAGUAUGAGGAAGAGGACCGAUACGCCUCACAGAGUUUACUUAGACAACAGUAUGGUAGUCACGACGACUCGUAUUAUGAUGACGAUUAA